AUGUUGAUCUCAUCCGGCACUGAUCCUGAUCAUCAUCAUCCUCAUUAUCGCACAUACUUCUACGUCGGAGGGGAAUAUACUGCAGUCGGGAGCGCGGAGCACAUUCGCAGCGGCCAGAUCUACGUGGAGAAAUUGACCCCCACCCGAGUCACCCAGACCUAUCCAAUUGUCUUCAUCCAUGGACAAGCACAGACAGGCACGAACUGGCUGAAUAAGCCCGACGGUCAAGCAGGAUGGAUUUCCUACUUCUUGAAGCAAGGCUACGAAUGCUACCUGCUCGACCAACCCUUCCGCGGUCGCAGUCCCUGGCAACCCUUCAACGGCGAGCUAGCAACUUACUCGACCGAGCAUCUGCAACGAUAUUUCUCGGCCCCGGAGCGUUAUUCCCUGUGGCCUCAGGCUCAGCUGCACACCCAAUGGCCCGGCUCCGGGGUGAUGCACGACCCCAUCUUCGACGAGUAUUUCGCCAGUACGGUGCCCUUCGUCAACGACAACCAUAUCCAAGAGGCCGCGAUGCAGAAAGCAGGCGUCGCGCUGCUGGAUCGGAUUGGAACCCCGGUCAUCCUUCUGGCACACUCCCAGGGCGGGAUCAUGGCAUGGCUUUUAGCCGAUCAACGACCGGAUCUCGUCCAACUGAUCGUUUCACUGGAACCCGGCGGUCCCCCGUCUCGUGACAUUGCCUUUGGGAACGGUUCCGCGCGAGCGUACGGGCUGACAGACAUCCCCAUCGCCUACACCCCCGAGGUUUCCAGCCCCGAAACAGACUUCAUAACGACCACCAUCCCCGCCAGUUCCCCAGGGGAGUCAGAUUGUCUGGUUCAAGCAGACGACCCACCGCCACGGCAGCUGGCCCAGCUCCGGAAGAUCCCGGUAGUGCUGUUCACGUCAGAGGCGUCGUAUCAUGCGCAGUAUGACUGGUGCACUGUGAGCUUCCUGCGUCAAGCGGGAGUCAAAACGGAGCAUGUGCGAUUGGCAGACUGGGGUAUUCAUGGUAAUGGUCACAUGAUGUUUCUCGAGAACAAUAGUGACACUGUAGCUGCGCUGGCGCACCAGAAAAUCGCGCAAUGGUCCUGA